UCUUUCCUACUGCAGUUUAACAUUAUAAAUUCCAGUCACACAUGUUUCCAUGUUUUUACUUAAGAGAUUGUCAAAAUUGUUUGUAAUCAACACAAUUUGUCCCCUAAAACAGAAUAAUUUCGAUAUUUAUAGAAUCCUCCUGAAGCAUUAAUUUUAUUUCUUUAGAGUCCUGACUGACUGGUUUCAACAUAUAACUUUGUAUAUAAGUGCAGCAGUUCGAGUUGCCAUACUCUAUGAAGCACACAAAGAAAGACAAAAGAGAAAAAAGAUAUCCGAAAGAAGGAUAUUUAACAGAAAUUUGAAAGAGAAAGGAUAGUAUCAUGGAGAAACAAUAGAGUUUUACUGAAUGUGAUAGAUCACAAAGAAUGAAUGCAUCUGCGCCACUGAGAACUAUUUUGAGUCAUUUCACCAGUUGGUGGUGCAGUCGUUUGGGGCGUAGGUAGAGAUUAUGGAAAAACAUCGACGGGUAACACAGUCCUUCCCCUUCUAACUGAUUCGUUCAGAUGAACAUCACACGUGCGACUAUUCACUGAGAUCCACUUGAGCACUGAUUUUCCUUCCCUACCCCUACAAGUCCCCCGAGACUAGCCGUAGAAUUUCGCGAAUUCACCCUGUUGGCCAGGUGACGCUAAGCGAACAACCACACUUGGGUGUGUUAUGCGUGUCUCCAAAACAUAACAUACAACCAUGGCUUGGGAUGGCAGAGUUCUCGCCAUUUAUGCUUGCUGUCUGAUUUGACAGAGUGUCCUAACGUUAAACGCUCCAACAUGAAUUUGGUAGUAUGGCUUUAAGGGACUAUUGGUAGUUUUUUGGCUCUCAAAGUGAGGAGAAGAUGGAGGAUCAGUCUGUAGGAAAGUAUUACCAGUAAGAGGAAAGUAAAAUGAUAGGUACUUAGAGUGUAAUCAGGAGAGCUUCGUGUGCUUGGGGAAAUGUGCGAGUAGUUGUUACUUCCCGGCUGCCCACACCAUGAAAGUCGAUUUUUUCCUUAGGUACUCGAAUCGGAAAGGGAAUUAGUAUUGUGUGACCUCAGAGCCUAGGAGACAACUUCUUGACGCCGGUUACACACGGUCUAUUUGAAUUGAUUUUUAGCGUUGCUUCCUUAUUAGUAACUUACCGCCGGCUAUGGACCACUGUAGGGUAAAUCAGAAUGUACAGUUCUUGGGGUUAAUCUUUCCUAACCCUCUUUCUCCAGAGUGGAGAGACGAAAUAGCUGGCAUGCUGGUCAUCUGAUGGAAACACGGGAUGGUAAAAAACAAUCAUUGCAGACAAUUAGUGAUAUGACUCAAAAUAGUUCUCAAUGACGCAGACGCAUCCACUCCUUGUGAUUUAUGAUAUCCAAUAAAAUUAUAUUGUUCUUCCAUAUUACUAUUCUUUUUGCCUCAUAUUUCCGUUUAUUAUCUCUGUUUUGAAUUUCUCUUUACUCUCUCCUUUUGCUUUGUGUGCUACAUGGAGUGUGGCAACUCGAACUGCUGCACAUCUGUUCAAAGUUCUUUGUUGAAAGCAGUCAGUCAGCUAAGUGAUAUUGUCAACUGUUAUACAACAGAAGUGAUUCAAUUUUGUUCACAACAUGCACACAGUGAUAGCUAGCAAGUAACGUCUUUUCAAGAGAACGUGUGCACAUUCCGUAAUUAAUUGAAUUAAUGCUAGUUGUAAUUGUAUUGAAUUUUUGUAGCUGUCUAGCCAUUCGUAUCACCACAAAUAUGGUCAAAAAUGCAUGGUAGUAAGACAUCUUUUGUUAUGGUCCAGAAAGAUAAAAUAACAUUCCUGUUUUUAUUAGGAAUCAGAGAAAAAUUACUUACAGGAUGAAAUUCUCCAGUAUAAUUUUUUGCGAUUGAAAGGUAUUUUGGGUAUAAGUAUGUACUCAGCUGUUGAACUGGAUCGUAUACUAGUGCUGCCACUAUUGUAACAAAUUAUAAUCCCUAACUUCAGUUGGAAUCGGUGGCUGCACAUUUUUAUUGAGGCCCUAGAUGUAAGUGAUUUUAUGCUCAGCAAUUGUUUUAGUCUAAAAUGAAUGUAUCUGAAUGUGUUUGGUUGAAAAGAAAAGUGGAAAAAUGACUUUCAUAACAAGAGAUAAGAAUGGAAUGUUAAUGCCUUCUCACUAGAGAAUAAAACUAAUGUAGCAUUUUUUAUUUGACCAACCUUCUGUUUGAUUGAAUUUCCACUGAAAACAUAUCUCGUUUGGUAAUUAUUAGUAGGAUGUAUCCGCUGUCGGAAUUUUUGUGAGACUUAAAUCUUUCCUCGUUUUUGACUAUUUACUCUGAAUUUACGGUAACCUUUGUUAUUUCCUUCCAGUUAUUUUCAUCUUAUAACUGUCUCUUUCCAGUCGAACUUACUGUAUAGGUGAAUCACAGUGACUUUCCAGUUUGAUAUAUAGUGCAUCUCUUACUGCAUGCAUUUGACUUUCGGCUAGUGGGCUUCAUAUUGGAAUCAUUCAUUCCACCUACUUUUGUCUCGGUAACCAGGCAGUAUCUUACACCCUCAAAAGAUAUAUUUCCGUUACAGCUUGCUACACUGAGCAGAAGAUUGGCAUCAUUUGUCACUUGUUUUUGUACAGGAGGAGCUGAAUUUUUCGUUUCCUUAGACAAUUAAUUGUUUCGUAAUCCCUAUGAGUAUCCGCUCAUUUUAGCGUUAGUUUGAGGAGAGUAACGGUGAGGUAUACCGUCGAGCAUCGUUGUGAACAUAGGUUAUACUGCCUCAUUAGUGUGCGGUUUCGUAAGACAAAAUUGAUCGAUAUAACCCUCCGACCUGGUCACUGGAAACUUCAGUUUCAUUUAUUCUGUCAACACUAGUUCUCAGAUAAUUAUAGUUUCAGACGCUUUACUGAUAAGCAUUCAUUUGUUUUAUGUAACCUCUAUUUCGGCUUGGUAGGCAAGCUCUUACAAGACGUUCUAUAAUUAGGGCGUGUAGGUAUUUUAGUACACAAAAUACUUGUUUAUUUUGUGGCUCAGUGGCAUUAUUUUUAUACACAAUUAGGUACAAGUGUCACAAGCUGUAAUGUUGUCGUAUCCUUUUACCUAACUUGCUAUCAUAGUGACAGUCGUCUCAGUGAUAAGUAGGUUGCCGUUUAUUUCUUAAGUCUUUAUUAUAUACUAACAAAAUAAUUUUUCACUGGUAUUUCUUGUUUGCUACAGAAUUGUAGUAAAAAUUCAGAUGGAUUUAACCGAACAGAAUAAAGUGAUUAAGCAUUUGGAGGAGAUAGAAGAAGCUGGUGAAAUGGUAUUGGCGAAACAACAAGAAUGCGUAGUAUAUGACAGGAAUCGACAAAAGUCGCGUGAAGCUGUGCGCAAGCUUAUGCAACUAGGAUCAGAAGGUCAACAGUGGGUUUGUUUGUCCGACCAAUUCUUUCACUUGCCAUCAAAUGGUUUGAAGAAGGCAAUUGAAGAAGAUAUUAAAGUUUAUGAUUCCGAAAUUAAGAAGUUAAAGGAUCAGCUGAAAGAAGAUUUGAAUUGGUUACAUGAGCUUGAAGGAAAAGAGCCACUUAAAGGAUUUUAUCUAUUACCUAUGAAAAAUGAAAAUCAGUUUAUGAAUAAUUCACCUACAUAUGGUCAUAGACGGUAUAAUCCUUUAUUAGAUGAAUGGAUUAUUGUUUCUCCACAGAGAAUUCAACGUCCUUGGGAAGGCCAGAUAGAAUCCGAUAACCGUAAAUCUAUGACAACAGAACAAUCUGUCACUAAAGACGCUAAGAAUCCUCUGUCCCCUGGGUGUGUGCGUGCUAAUGGGGUCGUUACACCGGAUUAUGAGGGCGUAUACACAUUUAUCAACGACUUUCCUGCAUUGGUAAGUGAUGAGAGCUAUCGUAAAUCUAACGAUCCAAUUAUUUUCAACACGGUUGAUGAAAACCCAUUAUUUGCGUCUUCUUCAGCACGAGGAGACUGUUUAGUCACAUGUUUUCAUCCAGAUUCUCAUAAGACACUAGCUUUAAUGGAAGAAGAUGAAAUCCUAUCCGUCAUUGCUGAAUGGUGCCGCAUAACCGAAACAUAUUUGAAGGAGAGAAGUCACCAGUGGGUGCAAAUUUUUGAAAAUCGGGGCGCAGCUGUCGGCUCAUCUAACAUGCAUCCUCACUGUCAGAUUUGGGCAUGUGGUUUUCUACCGUCUUUAGUAUCACGACGUGAUAAAAAUCAACGGAAUUAUGCUCUUCAGCACAGUAAUGUACCUAUGCUGUUUGAUUACGCGAUGCAAGAGGAAGCUAAAAUGAAUAACAACCCAUCCAACUCGAGAGUAAUUAUCUGUUCGAACCAUUGGCUUGCUCUUGUACCAUGGUGGGCAUGUUGGCCAUUUGAAACAAUGAUCCUGCCACGCAAACGUCACAUUCUGUGGUUAAACGAGCUAACUGACGAAGAAAGACGUGAUCUUGCUGGUGUAAUGAAACAGUUGCUUAUUCGCUAUGACAACUUGUUCAAUACAGAAUUUCCUUAUUCUAUGGGUUGGUAUCAGGCACCAAUGUACUCGGAAGUGAAUUCUUGUGAAGAUUUAAAAGAGAAAUAUAAACAUUGGCAGUUGCAUGCUGUUUAUUUACCUCCUCUGUUAAGAUCUGCCACCGUGAAAAAGUUCAUGUCAGGCUUCGAAUUAUUGGCAGAGACACAAAGAGACUUAUUGCCGGAGACAGCUGCAAAAAUGUUACGUGAGACAAAUGCAGUUCACUAUACUAAGAGGAAUUUAUAA